AUCAGUGCGGUCGUGGCUGCCAAUCGUACCCAACCAAAAUGGCGGCUAGAACAGGUGACAGGUCGAAAUGGAGACGAAGAAAAUGCUCUAAAAGUCCUUCAGAAGACGACAACGAUUGUGCAAGCCUCGCAUGGCUUUUAAACUUCAGACUGGACGAUUUCGUGAACAUCAAAGUGCCAGAUGACGAGCCUGUGGUGAAAGAGCCAAAGGUGGAAGUCCCUGAAGCGCCUCCAGCGCCGAAAAAGCCACCGUACACGUAUCCUGAGUUGAUAGAGAAAGCUUUGAGGGAAAAUGGGGAGUUGACAGUGUCAGCUAUAUAUCAAUGGAUUUCUGACCGCUUCCCAUUCUACAAAGCGAACGAUGAACGCUGGAAGAACUCUGUGCGGCACAACUUGUCCAUCAACCCCCACUUCAGGAAGGGGGCGCGGGCCCCGCAGGGCGCCGGCCACCUGUGGUCCCUGGCCGCCAACGCGAUAGACCUGCUGCCGCUCAGGAACCCCAUGUUCGAAGACAAGAAGACUGCUGAAGUGGUGGAGAGGACCAGGGUCAUUGGGUUCCCGAAGGUGAUUGUGCUGGAUGAGGCAGCGAUUGCGGCCGCGAGCAUUAUACCAGACCAAGACUUAUUUACCGGUAGUACAAUGUUCUUGAACCCAGUGUCGACGGAGCAAGUGGUCCGGGAAAGUGGGCUGAUCACUGUCGAUUAGUUCAUAAUGUUUGUGUCAAUUUAGUGUACUAUUAUUGUGAGCAUUGGAGGCAUUUUGUUAAUAUUCCUAGGAAUAGUUGAUGCGAUAUCCUCUUAGCGUUGUCAAUAAUGGUGGAUCGGAUGUCCGUUUAGAAGUCACUGAUAAGUUUUAUUCUUCAAAACCCUAUACUUUGACUCGACAUCAGCACAUUCCUAAACACCUACGUGUCUCUUAGUAACAAUUUAAGGCUAGAUUACUAAUACGUUUUGAUUUUUUUUCUGAUCGUCCUUCUAUAGUUACUGAGACCUAUAAACAUGAUCUGCAUAUAAUAUAAGCAACUGAGGUUUUGUUUUUCUUAAUUUAAUGCUGUAGAUUUAAAAUUACGCAAAUUGCUUCCACCCAAAUCCUGUUAUAAACUUUGUUUCAUUGCUUAAGUGCUCCCAGACAUUAUAAUCAAUGUUAUUUUGAUCUUGACCGUGCCCUUAUAGCUAUGAGCUCAACUUGAAGUAAGACUGUAUCAGAUGUGGAAGCAAGAUGGCGCUAUACGCAACAUAGAGUGUCGUCUCCAUUUCACAUUUACAACAGUUUUACUUAAAGGAUUGAUAGUUAAGGUAGUUUAUACCCAUUUUGCAAUUGACAGAUUUCAGGGUCGUCAUCAGUCCCUAUAAUAGAAUUUAGUUAGCACCGUGGGUGGCGGCCAGAUAUAAAUAAUUAUAUCUUCUAUGUCUUGUUUAUGAUGUGUGUAUCAGUAUAUCUUAUUAUCUUGAGAGCUCGGGAGUUUCUAUCGUUGGGAGUCUUCCGACAAGAUGCUGGUACUUAAUUAUAAUUAUUGAUCAAUACAAGAUAGUGGUAAAAUCCUUCGGCAUGCCUAUGAUUGCUGCCAUGCAAACCUUAAUGGAAAAGUAGUUGAUAAAUCAGAAAAUAAAAGCUCUUAUAAUAUCAAGUACCCUAAGGUAUAUCUUUUAUGGUACAUAGUCUGCCAAUCUAGACGCGAUAUUCUAAGCACCUUAUUACGUUGAUGCUUAUUAAUUUAAACCCAAAUAACAAUGUUAACAAAAUGGCUCCAAUGAUUGUUAAAUAUAAAAUUAGUAAUUAAUAUACAAUGAAAUACAUUAGAAUUAUUCGGUGAUCUCAUUCUACUAGUACUUAUUUUAAGGCGAUGUAUUUAAUAAUGAUUGGUUUUAAUGUAAUAAAAAUAUUUGAAAAUCCA